UGAUUUGCUCUCUCUUCAGACAAAUGAAAUUGACUGAGAAUGAAUCAAUUCAAAAUACAUUAGGUAAUUUAUCCAUCCAAUUUUUUUUGCUGACAAACGAGUUAAUUUGGAACAAUUAUCUCAAAACAAGACAAUUUUGCCAAAUUGAUUCGUUACGAGAUAUGUUUCGGAGUAAUACGGAAAGGUUUUGACCCGUGGUCUCUCUUUACUGGGUCGAGAAUAUAAGCACAACAAUUGUCAAAACAAAAGAGAAGGCCCAUUAUUGUUCAUGCCUCUGAGCCCAAUAGAAGUAGAGAAACCCAGCCUUUGGUAUCCCGUCGACUCGCAUCAGGCACGCUGCCUGCCCGAAGAAUCACGAGAUUUGGUGCGGCGGUGGACGACGAGCAGGAUCAUUUCCGCGGAAAGAGGGAGGAGAGCCAAGCAGCUAUUGACGCAAUUCGUGAAGCGGACGGCCGGGAGAAAGGGGAGCGAAAAUGGUGAAGGUGCGGAUGAACACUGCCGAUGUGGCCGCCGAGGUCAAGUGCUUGCGGCGGCUCAUCGGCAUGCGGUGCUCCAAUGUCUAUGAUCUUACUCCCAAGACGUAUGUUUUCAAGCUGAUGAACAGCAGCGGACAAACGGAGUCAGGAGAGAGCGAGAAGGUUCUGCUGCUUAUGGAAAGCGGCGUUCGCUUACAUACCACCGCUUAUGUUCGGGAUAAGAGUAAUACUCCUUCGGGGUUCACACUUAAGUUGAGGAAGCAUAUACGCACAAGGCGCCUAGAGGAUGUGCGGCAGCUUGGAUAUGAUAGGAUUAUUCUAUUUCAAUUCGGGCUUGGUGCAAAUGCACACUACGUGAUAUUGGAGUUGUAUGCUCAAGGGAACAUCCUUCUCACUGAUCCUGAUUAUCAAGUUCUGACUCUUCUCCGAUCACAUAGAGAUGAUGAUAAAGGGAUUGCAAUCAUGUCAAGGCACCGAUAUCCUGUUGAAAUUUCUCGAGUUUUUGAGCGAACUACUGCAACAAAGUUGCAGGAUGCCCUUGCACGUGUUGAUAAACCCGAGGAAACUGAUUCUGCUAAAGUUGAUGGUGGUGAAGCUGAAGUUACUGAUAGACCCAAAAAGGAAAAGCAGGGUAAGCAAAAAGGUGGCAAAGCUUCUGAGUCGAAAAAAAAUUCUGAUGCUAAACAAGUCACACUGAAGAUUGUUCUUGGGGAAGCAUUGGGUUAUGGUCCUCAACUAUCUGAGCAUAUGAUAUUAGAUGCUGGUCUAGCUCCAAAUACAAAGCUUUCUGCAAGUAACAAGUUAGAUGAAGAUGCAAUACAUGUUUUGAUUGAGGCCGUCAAAAGAUUUGAAGAUUGGCUUCAAGACAUUAUUUCAGGAGAAACAAUUCCAGAGGGAUACAUUUUGAUGCAAAAAGACAAUGUAGGCAGAAACAGUGCAGCAUCUGAAUCUGGUGGCCAUAUCAAGAUGUACGACGAGUUCUGCCCAAUAUUGUUAAACCAGUUCAAAACAAGGGAACAUGAGAAGUUUGAUACAUUCGAUGCAGCACUAGAUGAGUUUUAUAGCAAAAUUGAGAGUCAAAGAUCAGAGCUACAGCAGAAGGCAAAAGAAGACUCUGCCGUUCAAAAAUUAAAUAAGAUACGCACAGAUCAGGAAAGCCGUGUGCUGAACCUUAGGAAAGAAGUCGAUCAAUUUGUUAAAAUGGCGGAACUGAUAGAGUACAACUUGGAAGAUGUUGAUGCUGCCAUCCUUGCUGUUCGUGUUGCUCUUGCCAAAGGAAUGAGUUGGGAGGAUCUUGCUCGUAUGGUAAAGGAAGAAAGGAAAUCAGGGAAUCCUGUGGCUGCGCUUAUUGACAAACUUCAUCUUGAAAAGAACUGCAUGACAUUGCUGCUGAGCAACAAUCUUGAUGAAAUGGAUGAUGAUGAGAAGACUCUUCCUGCAGAUAAGGUAGAAGUGGAUAUAGCUCUUUCUGCUCAUGCCAAUGCUCGUAGGUGGUAUGAAAUGAAGAAAAAGCAAGAAAGUAAGCAGGAAAAGACUGUUAAGGCGCAUGAAAAAGCUUUUAAAGCAGCUGAGAGAAAGACUCGUAUUCAGCUUUCUCAGGAGAAAGCUGUUGCUACAAUAUCGCAUAUGCGGAAAGUUCAUUGGUUUGAGAAAUUUAAUUGGUUUAUCAGCAGUGAGAACUAUCUAGUUAUUAGUGGACGUGAUGCUCAACAGAAUGAAAUGAUAGUGAAGCGGUACAUGUCAAAGGGAGAUCUGUAUGUUCAUGCUGAGCUACAUGGUGCUUCUAGUACAGUGAUCAAGAAUCAUAGGCCCGACCAAGCAGUUCCUCCUUUGACUUUAAAUCAAGCUGGAUGUUUUACUGUCUGCCACAGCCAAGCUUGGGAUUCAAAAAUUGUCACUAGUGCAUGGUGGGUGUACCCUCACCAGGUGAGCAAGACUGCUCCCACGGGAGAAUAUCUCACGGUUGGAAGCUUCAUGAUCCGUGGAAAGAAGAACUAUCUCCCCCCUCAUCCUCUCAUCAUGGGAUUUGGUUUGUUAUUCCGCUUAGACGAGAGCUCUUUGGGUGCUCAUCUGAAUGAACGAAGGGUAAGAGGCGAGGAGGAUGGGACGAGUGAUAUUAUUACUGAAAGUGGUCCUCUCGAGGAGGAAAUGUCUGAUUCGGAUUCCGAUCAAGAGGGAACAGAAGUAGAUACCAAGCCUGAUGACUGUACUGUCUCCAGUUCAGAACCGAGUGACAAUCCUAGUGGAAAUGGUGUUGCUUCUGUCACUCCACAACUUGAGGAUAUCUUCGAUAGGGCUCUUGGGAUUGGCGCAACUACUACAUCUGGAAGAAACUAUGCAGUUGAAGCAGCAGCUCAAACUAAAUUAGAAGAGGAACAUGAUGAGGAAGAUAGGAAGGCAACAGGGAGAGAUAAACCGUAUAUCUCAAAAGCUGAAAGAAGGAAGCAGAAGAAAGGAGGGAGAGCUGGUUGUCAUUCUGACAUGGAUCACCAUCCGAAAGAAGAAGCAAAAGACGCUGCUGGUGCAUCUGUUGAUCAAUCUUACAAAAAUGUCCCGAGUAGUAAACCUGGUGGUGUAAAAGUCCGUGGGCAGAAAGGCAAGCUUAAGAAGAUGAAAGAGAAGUAUGCUGAUCAGGAUGAGGAAGAGAGGCGGAUUCGGAUGGCACUGUUGGCUUCAGCAGGCAAUGCACAGAAGAAGGACGAGGAGUCGCCACAAGAGAACACAGUUCCUGUGAAGGAGAAGGUACCAGUCAGUGGUCUCGAAGAUGCUCCAAAAGUGUGUUACAAGUGUAAAAAGACUGGACAUUUAUCUCGCGACUGCCCGGAGCUCCAUGAUGAAAAUUCUCGGAGUCGACCAAACGGUGAAGGUGAAAGUAAGCCUCGUCGUGAGUUGGCUAAGGAAGCGGAUAAGGUGGUCAUGGAGGAGGAUGAUAUUCACGAAAUUGGUGAAGAAGAGAAGGAGAAGCUGAAUGAUGUGGAUUACUUGACCGGGAACCCCCUGCCUAAUGAUAUUCUCUUGUAUGCCGUCCCAGUCUGUGGGCCUUACACCGCCUUGCAAUCAUACAAGUACCGAGUCAAGAUCAUUCCUGGCUCUGCAAAGAAGGGCAAAGCUGCGAAAACUGCAAUGAACUUGUUUAACCAUACGGCAGAGGCAAGCGCUAGGGAGAAAGAACUGAUGAAGGCGUGUACUGAUCCACAACUAUUUGCCGCAAUAAUUGGGAACGUAAAGAUCAGUGCUGCUGGGUUGUCGCAGUUGAAGCAGAAGCAAAAGAAAGGGAAGAAGAACGACAAGAAGGAUAACAAGUAGUAAAACCAGCAGGGGCUUUUGUUGUUCUAAUACUUGAACUGGAUUGCGUGUACGCAACAAAUGACAGAUUUUGUU